AUGGCAUCCACAGAACUUUCGUUGAAUAGAACGUUAUCCGAUGCGUUGGAGGAUCAAUUGUAUGAUUUGAAUCCUGAUCAGACUGUUUUUUAUCCAAGUUUUUUUGCUCAAAACCAAAGAGACCUAAACGAGUCUGCUUCAAAGAAUAAGAGUGUCACUGAGAUCCCGCUCUCUUGUCUUUUAGAUGAGUCUUUGCUUACUGGAAACCAGGUUUCCAAUUAUACCCAGCAUCAGCACUUCCAACAGCCUAUUCAUAAUACUAUUUGGAAUUCAAACUCUAGGAAAACUUUAGAGAAUUUAACUUCUUCUCCUUCGAAGAAAAUUUUCAGCAAGUAUGCUGAUCCUACAUUGACUACCACUACAAUGGUGAGCAAGUCCAAUAAUGGUUCUCCAUCUUAUAGCUACGAGGCUAGCAAGCCAAAUACUCCAGCUCCAUCGACUAUUAGUUUGAAUAAAGUGAUGAAAGUACCAAACCAGCUGACUGCACCGAUUAAUAACGUUUCAAUAUCUACUCCACAAAUACCUAUGCAAAGUAUGCAUGACGUAAAGAUCACAAACAAUUUUAAUGAUGAUUUAGAGGGUGGUUUUACGUCUCAGAUAAAUGAUGAAUUUGAAGAACAAUAUUUUACAAAAUCUACUUGGCCAUUACAGGACAAUAACAUGGCCUUGAAUAUGAAUGAUGCUAGAAUGAUUUUUGACGAUGAAUUCGUAGAUGACCUUAGUGAGGAUGAGGAUGAGGAUGAACACAUGGUUGACGACAUUGUUAUCGAAGCAAAGGAAACCGGCAAUAAUUUUAUUGAUUCUUCUUCCAAACAAAUCAUCCCUACUAUAGAUACCACUUUCAACAACCAAUCAUUCGUAGAUUCAGAUUUAUCAAAUAACAAAUUAUCAAAUCCACUAUAUGGCAAUAGCUAUAGUCAAGAAUGUGCUUUACUAGACGAUAUUGACACUGAAAGCAAUAUGAUUGACGAUGAUGACCUGUAUGAACUGUCAUUUAAAAGACGUAAGGAAAGUGUUGUAUUCAACAAGGAUGUUGAGAAGAAUAUCUCUAUUACAAAGAAAAAUGAUACCCAUUCAAACACUAGAAAAAUUGAACUUAAUAUUCCAAUAACUAAGAAAAAAAUUGACCAAAUUGACAACUUUAAGACUUCUCAUACAGAAAUAGAGUUUUCUGGGAAAGUAAAUACAAGGAAGAAAGAUUCUAUUACUAUAAAUAGUAGUACAGAAGUACCUAGUGUUACGAACACGACCUUUAAAAAAAAGAACACUGAUACUAAAAAACAAAAUAUAGCAUCUAAUCAAGGUAAUGAGAUAUUCAAAUGUAUGAUUAUGAAUAUUGUAACGAACAAACCAUGUUCGGCAGAAUUUUCAAGAUCAUACGAUUUAACAAGACAUCAAAAUACUAUCCAUGCAAAGAGAAAAAUCGUUUUCCGCUGUUCAGAAUGUAUCAGAUCAUUAGGAAAUGAAGGAUUCCAAAAGACCUUUUCCAGAUUGGAUGCUCUAAGCAGACAUAUUAAGUCGAAGCAUGAGAAUCUGUCAAUAAAAGAGCGUCAAGAAGUUACAAAGUAUGCUAAACAGAAUGUUGGUUAUGCUGUAGGUUAA